GACGAAACGGGAACGGCACUACGAGACUACGACUACUACGAGUACAUCUACGAGUACUACGACUAUGCGACUACGGGCACACGGCACACAGCGAACAGCCAAGCCACAGAGAGGGUGACGCCAUUAUCGUUAUCGAUGCUAUUUCUGUUUGUUGUCUUGUUGUUGUGUGCAUUAAUUGUGUGAGUUUGGUGACAACAGAAUAUAUAAAGUAAGUACAUGUUUUCCAUAUUCGUAUCAUGAAUAAUACUAAGAGAAAAUUCAAAAUCAUUGAUAAACAUAACAAGCGAUUGAUUAGAAGCAUUAGAAGCAAGUGUCUAUCAGAAGCCACAUCAGCUAUUUCCACACCAUCUUGCUCAAAUGCCAGAGAUGAUUCUAAUCUUAGAUGUUCUGAUUCUGAUAGUGACUGUAGUGAAAAUGAACAUAUUUCUUUUACUGAAUUGGACACCGAUCACACCAUUAUUGGUAUUGACAAUGAGUUUGAACAUGAAGUCAAUUUCUUGUUGAGUGAUAAUGAUAGUUUAGAUCAAUUUGAUGUAGAAAACUCAACAAAUGCCCAUCAGGCAGAUAAUAUACAGAAGCCAAUACAAGGGCAAACUGAACUUCAUUCAGAAAAUGAUCUGAAAAUUCAACUUGCAAAUUGGGCUUUGCAUCAUAAUAUCACCCAUUCUGCAAUCUCUGAUUUAUUACAUAUUCUAAAACCAAUGAAUACAUUCCUACCAAUAGAUGCUCGAACGUUAUUGAAAACCCCUAGAAUGAAUAAGCUUUUGAGAGUAGAACCUGGGCAGUAUCAUCAUUUUGGUUUUGAAAAUUGUUUGAAAACAUUGUUGCAGGUUUCUGAAGGAAUAGUUUUCGAAUCAAAUAUUAUAGAAGUAAAUAUUAACAUUGAUGGUCUGCCAUUGAGUAAAAGCUCUGGAAGUCAAUUAUACCCAAUUCUGUGUAAUUUAUACAAGAAUAAAAAUAAUGUUUCUGCUAUAGGUAUAUAUCAUGGUACAGAAAAGCCUGCAGAUGCUAAUGAUUUUUUAAGAUAUUUUGUGGAUGAUGCCUCUAUCAUUUUAAAUAAUGGUUUCAUGUUCUCAGGAAUUCAAUACAUUAUCAAAAUUAGGGGAUUUAUUUGUGAUGUGCCUGCGAAAUCAUAUAUUAAAUAUUCUAGGGGACAUAGUGGUUACCAGUCAUGUUCAAAAUGUUCAAUUGAAGGUAUUUAUUUUAAUAAUCGUAUCUGUUUCCCAAAUUAUAGAAAUGCAGUAUUGAGAACUGAUGAAAGUUUUCGACAGAAACAAAAUGAAAAUCAUCAUACUGGUACAUCAAUUUUAGAGACAUUGCCAAAUAUCGAUAUGAUUAAUAACUUUCCUCUAGAUUAUAUGCACCUUGUUUGCCUGGGGGUGGUCAAAAAAUUGAUAGUAAACUUAUGGAUAGGGGGUAGACCAUCUCAUAAAUUGUCAUCUUUGGAAAUAAGUAAUAUUUCACAGAAUUUACUAGAGCAAGUAUCAAAUAUACCUAGAGAGUUUAAUCGGAAACCACGAUCUCUUAAUGAAGCUAAAAGGUGGAAAGCCACGGAAUUUCGACAAUUUUUAUUUUAUACAGGCCCAGUAGUACUCAAACAUGUCUUGAGUAAAAGUAAAUACAAACAUUUUUUGAGUCUACACAUAUCAAUGUUCAUUUUGGCAGGAAAGGCUUUGAAUCACAACAUUGACUAUGCAGGAAUUCUACUGAAAUAUUUCGUUGAUACUUUCAUAAUCAUUUAUGGAAAGGAUAAUGUCUCUCAUAAUGUACAUAAUUUGUUACAUAUUUGUGAUGAUGUCAGAAGAUUUGGUUCACUUGAUGAUUUCAGCGCAUUUCCCUUCGAAAAUUACAUGCAAACUUUCAAAAAAUACAUUAGGAAAGGAGAUAAGCCCUUGCAGCAAAUUGUUUUUAGAAUCGAUGAAUUAAAUUAUGCACAUUCUUCCAGCCAAAGUACUAGUCAAGUUGAUCAAAAUGUUGAAAUAUUUCCUAUACUCUGUAAUGAACAUUGUGAUGGCCCUCUACUCAACAAUCAAUAUGAAAAACAGUUCAAAUUAAUUAAAUUCGAAAAUUUUUCUUUGGGUACCACUGAACCAAAUAAUUGUUGUAAGAUAAAUGAAAAUGAUAUUGUUAUAAUUAAAAAUGUUUUAUCUCAUGACAAUAAGGUGUUUAUAAUAGGGCAGAAAUUUUUGCAAAUUGAAAAUUUUUAUACAUCUCCUUGUGAAUCUUCAGAUUUAGGAAUCUUUUUAGUAUCCAAUUUGGCUCCUCUCCAGUACUUCCCAAUAGAAUUAAAAACCUGUAAACUAGUGAAACUAGAUUAUAAAAAUAAAUAUGUCGUUUUCCCAUUGUUGCAUUUGAGUUAAUAUUCGAUUUUUUUUAUGAUUAUGAAUAUGAAAAAUAUGACUAAAUGUGAAAAUGCAGCCUUUUUAUUAAUCAAAAUAAUUGUUUACCUGAUAUAAUUACAUUUUUUAUUUUGUUUUACUUUCACAACCUAAUAUGGAAUUCAUAUUAUUUUCUGUUUCAUUUACACAAUGUUCACCUUGUUCAUCUAAUAGUUAUAGGAUAGGUGUUUCAGCAUGAUAUUACUUGUGUUACAAUGAGAAGAAAGUGUCAAUGAACGUAGGUCCGGAUUUGCUUGGUUUAUAAACUUUUAUCACUCAUUCUGAGCCAAUAAAUAUUUCUUGAGUUUUUUCACUAUGUUGAUAAAUUGCCUUGUAUUACUUUUCUCAUUUCAAAUGCUUUGGAAAUUGUUGUUUUCCUUUUAUUUUCGAAAUGUAAGCAUACUUAACGACAAUUAUACAGGGUGUCCCAAAAUUAGCCUGCCAAACUUCACCAGCGGCUUCUACGACAAGAAAUAAGAAGAGAAGUUUCAAUGAACAUGGGUCGAAAAAUGUCUCCUACGGGAGAUACGGCCCCCUGAAUGGGUGCUCCUGAAGAUGAUAUUUCUUGAAUAUUUCCGAAACGAUAUGUGAUAAAAUGAUGCAAUUC